AUUUCACUCUCUUUCUCUUUCUCUCUCUCAACAUUAUUCCUUUUCCUCUUUUUGAAACUUUUUAACCUUAUGUUACUGGCUUUUUCACAAGCCUCCUCAUAAAAAAAAAAGCCUAGCUGAGGUGCUUAGGGUUUCGUCUACCCCGCAGUAAGAAAAAGGAAAGCAGAAAAACCACGGGUCAAAAAGAUCUCAACAUUACAACUUAGGAGCAAGUAUUCCAUCUUUACACUUGUGUGCGUAUCCAUAUUUCUGGGAUUUGGGGUUGGGUUCGGCAAUUGUGUUGGCGCAAGAUGUAGUCUUGGCUAAAGCGGGGAACUUGUGAUUUUUGGAGUGGAAAAAGUGCUUUUCCAGAGACGUAUGGGUGAAGCAAAUUACACACUUCUGUAGCUCUGUGUUUUGUUGCUCACCUCAUUAAAUGCUGCAACUCUAACUCCGUGAAGAUGGAAUCUCCCGGAUCUCUUGCUCGCUUAUUUGUGCCACUUUGUUGCUAACCAAAUGUGAGUCUUGCUUCUGUAUUCUUUCCGGGCCAUUUCCAUUUGUGAGAUUAGAAGAUUGAUUUACAUUUGUGGUAGUAUGGGUUUGCUUGGCGCCAUCAAUUUACAGCAAUGGAGAUUUAGAAUUUUCCGGGAUCAACAUGAUGGGUAUCGAUAGCGGGUGGGCGAUCAGUGGAUAUUUGCUCUUUCUUUUUCCAGAAUUUACAGAACUGAAGUGAUUUUUGCUGACUUUAGUUGUAGUUUAUUAGUGAUGGAGGAUAUUGGGUUGUUCAAGCAGGCAUGGAUAUGGGUGCAGUCAAAGAAGGAUUGUUACUCUGUCGUGAGAACGACUGCAAGCUGUUUAAGGGACAAAAUCGUGAAAUUUAUAGAGAGACAUUGGCCGAUGGUCUGUUACUGUUGUGUGAGAUUGGCAAAGGUUGUAUUGAUCUUGAUAAGUUGCUGGAAGGAUUGUAUUGUUCAGGGAUUUCGGUCGUUUGUUGGGCUUGGAUCUGCAGCUUUACUCGUUAUUAUGUGGAGUUGCUUUCUGAGUUUAACGUCAAUGUCAUGCCUGGUUUAUGUGCUUCUUAGUAUGGGAGCCGCUGGGGCUGCUAUUCAGUAUUUAGGCUAUACUUCUGGACUUUUUAUUGUGGGCCUAUUUUCUAUUUUAAUUUUGUGGAUGUAUGCAAACUUUUGGAUAACUGGUGCACUGUUUAUAGUUGGAGGUUAUCUAUUUUCCUUAAAUCAUGCAAGGCUGGUGGUUCUGAUGGCAGCUGUAUAUUCUAUUUACUGUGUUAAAGUUCGAGUUGGGUGGCAUGGAGUUUUCAUCUCUAUUAACCUUGCAUUCCUCUCAAAUGGCAUACUUAACUACUUGCUUCAUUGGUGUGACAACUUGAGUGAAAGCAGUCAAAGCACCCAUUUUGAGCAGCAUAUUGAACCCGAUUCCUUCACAGAGGAAGACUUCUCUACCGAUUAUGAAUCUUCUGUUCCUAGCGAUGACACUGAAAAGGUGCAUUCAUGCAAAUCAUCCAGCCAACCUGCUAUUACUACUACAUUAGUGAACAAGCCGAAAGAACCUCCUGCCAAGCAAGUUGCCAAAGAAGACACAAAUUCAUUAGCUGAGAUGCAGCGGAUUAUAAGCAGUGCUGAUCACUAUGAAGCAGUAGGAUUUUCUCGCCACAAGAAAAUUGACACUCUCCUUUUGAAAAAGGAAUAUCGGAAAAAGGCCAUGCUUGUGCACCCUGAUAAAAAUAUGGGAAGCCCACUUGCAAGUGAGUCAUUCAAGAAACUUCAGUCUGCCUAUGAGGUUCUUUCCGAUGCUGUUAAGAAGAGGGACUAUGAUGAGCAGCUCAGGAAAGAAGAGGCUAAGACUGUCAUGCAUAAAUCAGCAGGGUGUUCUCAUCAGGACACUUCUGAUUACUGCUCUGAAGAAUCUAGGCGUAUACAGUGCACAAAAUGUGGCAAUUCACACAUUUGGGUUUGCACCAAUAGGACAAAGGCCAAGGCCAGAUGGUGUCAGGAUUGCUGUCAGUAUCAUCAAGCCAAAGAUGGAGAUGGAUGGGUAGAAUACAGAGGGUCAUUGGCCUUCGAUCGACCUCAAAAGGUGGAAAUACCACGGGCUUUUGUUUGUGCAGAGAGCAAGAUAUUUGAUGUCUCAGAAUGGGCCAUAUGCCAGGGAAUGGCUUGCAGACCAAAUACUCAUCGCCCAAGCUUCCAUGUGAACAUGGUUGGAUUGGAGAAAUCAACCCAGAGAUCCAAUUCAAGCCGAUACCAAUGGGAUCUGGAUGCUGAGAUGACAGAUGAAGAUGAAGAAUUCGAGCUGUGGCUCCAGCAAGCAGUAGCAUCUGGACUUUUUUGCGAGACCCCCAAGCGCAGAAAGACUUGGAGUCCCUUCAAAUUGAAUCAGAUGAAAGGAAAGAAGCAAUGGAGGCGAUUCUCAUAACUCAUAUUCAUCUGUGGCUUCAAUUGGUAACAGUAGUCCUGAGUAGAUCUAUCAUGCUCUCUGCAGCAGCUACUGUAAUCAAAGGGGAAAGAAAGCUGGGAUGACGAAAAAACUCUAGUUGCCAGCUUCUUGACACUGCCACCGUAUUCCUGAGAAUCUCAUCAAAAUGAAGAUGAAAAUGACUGGGAUGACUGAAUCAAGUAUAAACAACUUGUUUUACCUGGUCCAUUGUAAAUAACAUCGGGUUUUCUCGCAGCUUUUCUUUAGCUGCAGAGUUUUGUGGUUUCUAGUCUACACCAAUGGACUAUGAUCACCAUUUCUAAGCUUGUACUAUCCAUUCAGGCAUAAUAAUUGUUUCCCAAAGUUGAAAAAUCAC